UUCUUCGGCAGCAGUUAUAAAAACGCAAAGAACGGAAGAGGGGACGCAAAUCAGAAAUUUAGUUACCUUUUGAAACCGAAAUCAAAACGAGAUGGCAGGCCUGGUGGCGGUACAGGUGCCCAAAUCGCCGAUUUUUUCAUCGCCGAUAAUCCCUUCCAUCUUCAUCAAGCCAUGUCCGUCUCCUACAAUCCUUGGGUCUCAAUCCCCUACAUCGUUGUCGUUACAACCGUCAUUGUCUGCACCUUCUGGCUCCCCGAGAUCGCCUUUGGUGAUUCGCGUUAAUGAAACAGGGUUGGAAGCGAAUUCCGCUGCGGUGUUAAAGAGGAAGAGACCGGGGAGGAUUGUUAUACCGGUGGUGGCUGGGAUUUUGGGAUUUGGUUUAGAGACGUCGAGGCGUGAGGAGGAGAGGAUGGAGGUUAUGGAGGCCGAAGGGGAUGGGUAUUCGGUUUAUUGUAAACGAGGGAGAAGAGGGCUUAUGGAGGAUCGAUUCUCUGCUUCUAUUGAUGUCAACGCAGAUUAUAAACGGGCUUUCUUCGGCGUUUUUGAUGGGCACGGAGGUGCAAAAGCAGCUGAAUUCGCCUCUAAGAAUUUGGAGAAGAACAUUAUGGCCGUGGUCUCAAGCAUAAGCGAAGAGAAAACGGGAAUUGAAAUGGCAAUUAGAGAUGGGUACUUGACCACAGAUAGAGAGUUCCUCAAGCAAAACGUUGGUGGUGGUGCUUGUUGUGUCACCGCUUUAAUUCAUAACGGCAACCUUGUGGUUUCUAAUGCGGGUGACUGUCGAGCUGUUAUGAGUCGCGGUGGGGUUGCUGAGGCUCUCACAUCAGACCACCAGCCUGCCAGGAAAGACGAGAGAGACAGAAUAGAAGCCUUGGGUGGUUAUGUGGACAUCUGCCGUGGUGUUUGGAGAAUACAAGGGACUCUCGCUGUAACUAGAGGAAUUGGAGAUCGAAGUCUGAAACAGUGGGUGAUUUCAGAACCAGAAACUAAAGUUUUAAAGAUUGAGCCUGACUGCGAGUUCUUGAUCUUAGCCUCUGAUGGCCUCUGGGACAAGGUAACUAAUCAGGAGGCAGUAGAUAUAGUUCGCCCUUUAUGCAUGGGUGUUAACCAGCCAGAACUAUCCUCUGCUUGUAAAGAGCUGAGCCAAUUGUCAUCGAGAAGGGGUUCAAUUGAUGAUAUAACUGUGAUGAUAAUCCAGUUGGGUAGUUUCAGCUCCUAAUAAUAGUUCCGGACCUUCUCGUAUAGAAGAAUUUUGGAUGGAGAUGGUUGAAAUUUGCAUCUCCUCCAAGUGUUUUCUCUUCUUGCUCAUUGAAAUUUGCAGCUACAGAAUUUUGGAUGGCAAGCAGAUGAUUUGAAAUUUUACCCUCAUCAUCCUGUUGGCCUUUGGUGACGGAGGUGUCCUGGUUGUAAUGCUAUCCCUUCUGUUUCAAUUGAAUCUUAUGUAUGCAGAGUCCAAAUCUGGAAGCAUGCCUCUAACUAUCUAAGCCUUGUAUUCAAUUUCCAAAUAUAUAUAAUUACAAACAUUUAUAUAUGGAGAAUUUUAAUUUUCCUGUUUUGAUUAUUA